CGAUAGCGCGCCGGACUUCGGGCUUGAAGGUCGAGGGUUCGAGACCUGCUCCCUGCCUGCUGUUUCAUUACAGUAUCUAUCCUGUUCUAUUCUCUUACACUUAAUUGCUGUUCAUCUUGAAUAAUUUCACAAUACCUCUGAUUUACAGUUCGAGACAGACUAUCGAAAAUUGCACAGGAAAUAAACGGUUAAUAGCACAUGUUGUCCUGAGAUCCAGGACUGCGAUGUCAGGCGCCUCUGAAUCUAGCUGACGCCAGUGGAAGAGACCGGCGGGAGAAGCGCGCUCUUUAGACUACAGAAGCCUCGCGGGAAAAGCAGAUAAUUCAUCCAUUUACAGUUAAUUCCGGAUGCCUGUCUGAAAAUGAAGUGUCUGGGUUACUCGGGACCAUGGAGCUGAGCAAACACAAGACGAUGAUUACCGUCACCACAAUCACAUGCAUAGAGAAGACAGUUCUGGCCAAGAACAGAACAAACACAGGCAUAGACCCUAAUGCUUAGUGAGGAAAGGUGCCGUAUUGUCCUGUACUGUACUGAGACUCAGCCAGCUACUGAGGUAGCAUCUAUGAAUGCCAUCUCAGGCCUGUGACACAGAGCAAUUCCAUUAUUCAUCUCCUGGCCGCUGUGAAGCCAGGAAGGAGGGAGAAUUAUGAGUCAGAAUGGAAGAGAAAAGAGAACUGUCACUCUAUAAAUCCCUCAGCCUGUAAACUCACUGGGACAUUUUUAUUUUCUCUCUAAUUUUCGGUAUUUUGCAUUUUAAAUGACAGUUUAAGUCGCAAAGACCUUUUGACUUUGUAUUUUCUGCUGCUGUGUCUGAAGGAAGUCCUGCUGGGAUCUGAGUUCAAGCCUGGGGUAUAAUUGAAAAGGGAGCGCAUCUAAGGCUGAGCCCUGUUCAUUGUAUUUCUUUUUUACCCACCCCCUUAUCUCAGCUGUCAAGAGGGAGGAUUCUCUUAUAAGUUACCCGAAGCCACAGAGACAGUGGUGGGAAAAGAGGGUGGGAGGAAGAUAAAGGCGGAAAAGGAGGGGUGAAAGGAACAGUGAGCUGAGUGUGAGGGAGUGUGUACACACAACCCAGAGACUGAGUGACUCCUGUAACCAAGGACAAAGGUAGCAACGCAUCACAACGUCACUCUCGCCCACUGAACAUUCUAAAGAAAGGGGAGGCGAGCACUCAGACUCUGAAUCAACAGUCUCCCAUUAUUCAGUUCUGAGCCCCUGGGGGUUGGAGUGAUUGCCCUGGAGUGCUGAAGUCUGGGCACAUCUUGGCCACAUCCAAAGUGGACUGCACUGAACAGAAGCCUGCGAGGACUGAGGAGAAGACUGAGAGGGGUGUUCAGUGUGUGUCAAGGUGGAGCUGGAGGAGGCGUGGAGGAGUAACCCAAGGCAGUGAGGACAAAGGUACCCACCAUGGGAAAAUCAAACAGCAAGCUCAAGCAGGAGGUGGUGGAGGAACUCACCAGGAAGACCUACUUUACAGAGAAAGAGGUGCAACAGUGGUACAAAGGCUUUAUAAAGGACUGUCCAAGCGGUCAGCUGGAUGCUGUGGGCUUUCAAAAGAUCUACAAGCAGUUCUUCCCUUUUGGUGACCCCACCAAGUUUGCUUCUUUUGUCUUCAACGUCUUUGAUGAAAACAAGGACGGACACAUAGAGUUUUCAGAGUUCAUCCAGGCCCUGUCGGUGACUUCGCGGGGGACACUGGAUGAGAAGCUCAGAUGGGCUUUCAAAUUGUAUGAUCUUGAUAACGAUGGCUACGUCACACGAGAUGAGAUGUUAAACAUCGUAGAUGCCAUAUAUCUGAUGGUGGGGAACACUGUAGAGUUACCAGAAGAAGAGAAUACACCUGAGAAGAGAGUGGACCGUAUUUUUUCCAUGAUGGACAAGAAUGCUGAUGGCAAGUUGACCCUGCAGGAGUUUCAGGAGGGUUCCAAGGCAGACCCCUCCAUUGUGCAGGCACUGUCACUGUACGAUGGGCUGGUAUAGGGCCUAAAGUGUUUAAAGAUUCUCAGAUUCGCAGAGUCCAACAUAGUGCCAUCACACCUGCUAUGAGAAAAAAGCAUCUACAAGCAUCAACAUCCCUCCAUGCACUAUCCAGAAGGAGACGUGGGGUGAGGAGAAAGACAAGGACUUGUGUAAUACUGCUGCCGUCAAUUGCACAUAUUCAUCUGCACUCUAAGCAUUGAAAACAACUCUGAGCCCUCUGAUAUACAAAAAUUUAAAAUAAAAAAGGACAAGAGGGGAAUAUACACUGAACUUAUACUUACAAGCAAGGCAGUUGUUUUUCCUUGUGGACUGUACUGGAGGAUACCCUUUGAGGUGUGUGUGAACUGUGAACGGCGCUCUACAGAGUCAGAGUGGUGUGACUGACACGUGGAGAGCUGUCACGUGGCUACCUGAAAGACUACAGCAGGAGACAUCAGCAGGCACUGAUUGUUUUUGAGAGUGUUGAGGGAGAUCAACUUAUUUAUAAAUCCAUGUAUAUAGGAUAUACUAUAAAUAGUCUUGUUAUUAUGUGUUGCUUUGCUACGUUUGUUGGAGUGCUGUUCAUUAACAUGAAAUUAAGCUUAAUCGUUUUUUAAUCAGUUUUAAUUAAUGGAAUGCUUUUUUUCAUCCUGCUUCCUGCACAAACCGCUUCCUUUGUUUUCUUUUAUAUUUUUAUUUGAGGAGUAAGUGUUCAGGGAGGGGCUUUCAAUUGUGAGGCUUAAUUUAUUAUGUUUGGGUUAUGUGCCUCCUAUUGUGUUGGAUGUAUGUUCCGUUUCCCAUCAGCACUACUGUCAAGGCACUGUAAUGUCUCAAUGCCACAUCCUGAAUGACAUGAUCAAGCAACACAGUGUAAUUCCUCACAGUUGACAUAUCUCAACUGAGGCUCAUUAUUUCCUUUGACGUCGUCUUACUCCACCCUGUGUAUACACAAGGCUUCAGCUAUUGAGAACAAACAGACAUACAUUCUCGUUGUAAAGCUUUUUGCAGGCUGUCUGUUUGAACCUGUCCUUUUUGUGUCUGUCCUGUGUGUUCAACAGAAGCCAUAAAUCCCAGCAUGUGAUGAUGCC